GCCGAGCCAGACGCACCCAAAUAUUUAUCUACGAAAUUGUUUACAACAGAUAUCAAAAAAUCAGGUUAAAAUUAAUACAAAACGGCAUUUAGUGGCAGUGACAAGACGCGUGUAAGACUGAAAUAAAAAUAGCAGUGAUAUGUAAUGCAAAUAAAUAUUGUACGAGUUCAAGUGAUAAUGUGUUUAAAUUAAGAAGUGAUCCAAUCAAGACCGAAUGAGUAAGACAAUACUGUCCAUGUCGCAGUGAGUCAAAUUAAAAAGAAAGCUAAUUUUGUGGCGCCAAAAUCAUUCUAAAUUUAUUUGCUCGUUGGAAAUUCGAAAUCGGAACAUGUGAAAAGAAGGAACAUCACUAAAGUUUUUAUUUUUUUAUUCAAAAACUAUGCCCACGGCUUUAGACAUCGAUCCGUUCAGCCAACCGGAGUGGAGUGAUUCAAGUGACUCCUUGGAACCAGCUCCUCUGCCUCAACUUGGAUAUUUUGUGCCAGUAAGAUGCCGAUGUGAUCGGACGACGCAACAUGUGUGUAGGAGAAAUAGAAGGGAAUCUCCCCGGUCUCGUCGUUCGGUAUCACAAUGUUCGUGCAACAGCAUCUCUCGAAGGUCUUCGGCGGCGGCGUCGCCAAUGCCGCUGCCUCCGCUCAACAACACGAUGGAAAUGUACGUGGAACCGGUCGUCGAAGAUACGGCCGAACGUAGCGCUGGCUGGGAAACACAUCGUGUGCGACUCAACAGGGUUCCCGGUUACGGUUUCGGGAUCGCCGUGUCUGGAGGCAGGGACAACCCACACUUCGCCAGCGGGGAUCCCUCCAUUGCUGUCUCUGACGUGCUUAGAGGCGGUCCUGCUGAGGAUAAGCUGCAAGUAAACGACAGGAUAGUCUCCGUUAACGGAGUGCCUUUAGAAAAUGUGGAGUACGCAAGAGCAGUGCAGGUCCUUCGGGACUCUGGAGCGACGGUCUCUCUCGUGGUCAGAAGAAGAGCGCCAGCACCGCCGCCAACUGCGCCGACAACGAUAAAACUAGCCUUGACGAGGAAUGGGAAGAAAGAAGAUUUCGGAAUAGUCCUAGGAUGCAAACUCUACGUCAAAGAACUCACAUUGAGGGCCCGAGAGCAGCUUAACCAAGCUGGCCAAGGUCUUUGCGAAGGCGAUGUGGUCACCAGAAUCAACAACACGGCGGUUACCGACGCUAUGACCUUGAAAGAGGCGAGGAAGCUGGUGGAAUCUUGCAAGGAUAGACUAAACUUGGUCGUGACUCGAGAACUGAUCAGAGAGGAAACGGUGACAAAUGGAAACUUCCAGAAUAAUUAUAAUAGUUUAGAAGCCCCAGCCCACAACGUGUACAGCGGUAACAAUGAACAGAUCUCACCAGCGUACUCUAGCAGUGGACAGAAUCUGUACGUUGCUGCCCCAGUCAGAGGAGGAAGCAAUGAUAGGAGAGCCAUGUCUCAUGAUGAGCAGCCUCCGAGACCACCGCCUCCAAGAAGCGAAGAUUACUACAGCAGUAGAAGACAGCUAUAUGAAGAAGAUGGAAUGAAUAAUCAAAGGACCAAACCACCGAGCGAGCCCCGUCUCAUCAGCUUCCAAAAAGAAGGUUCGGUGGGGUUGCGGCUGUGCGGCGGGAACAGGUCGGGCGUGUUCGUGUGCGGAGUGCAGCCCACCAGCCCGGCUGCCCUGCAGGGGUUGCAGCCCGCUGAUAAAAUCCUCAAGGUGAACGACAUGGAAAUGAAGGGAGUGACCCGGGAAGAAGCUGUUCUGUUCUUGUUGAGCCUGCAAGACCGUAUUGACCUGAUCGUGCAGCAUUCCCCUGAUGAAUACAACGCGGUGGCUAGCGGACAAAUGCCGGGAGACUCGUUCCACAUAAAGACUCACUUCCACUACACGGAGCCGACGGACGGCGAGAUGUCUUUCCGCUGUGGCGACGUGUUUCAUGUAGUGGACACACUUCAUAACGGCACUGUGGGAGCUUGGCAGGUCUUCAGGAUAGGUCGGAACAACCAAGAGGUCCAAAAAGGCACGAUCCCCAACAAGGCGAGGGCUGAAGAACUGGCCACAGCGCAGUUCAACGCGACCAAGAAGGAAAUGUCCGGGAAUGACGGGAAGACUAACUUCUUUAGAAGGAGAAGGUCUACGCAUAGGAGGAGCAAGAGUCUUGGGAAGGAACAUUGGGACGAAGUAGUUCUGUCUGAUAGCAUCAGCAAGUUCCCCGCUUACGAGAGAGUGGUUCUCAAGCAGCCAGGCUUUGUACGCCCCGUCAUAGUGUUGGGAGCAGUCGCCGAUAUAGCCCGGGAGAGACUACUGUCAGAAAGUCCGGAUAAAUUCGCGUCGCCAAAAAUGGACAGCACCUUAGAAGACAGCAAGACCAAAUCAGCCGGCAUCAUUCGUUUAUCCAGCAUCAGAAACAUCAUGGAGAGGGGGAAACAUGCGUUGUUGGAUAUAACUCCAAACGCUGUAGAUCGCUUGAACUAUGCACAGUUCUACCCCAUUGUGAUAUUCAUGAAGGCUGAUAAUAAACAUAUCAUCAAGCAACUGAGAGCUGGUCUUCCGAAAUCAGCCCACAAAUCGUCAAAGAAGCUUCUAGAACAAUGUCAGCAUAUGGAGCGCGUUUGGGGCCACGUUUUCACCCACACAAUUACCCUCAGUGAGGCGAAUCAGAAUACCUGGUUCAAUAAACUGGUGGAGCUGCUACAGAGGACCCAGCAGACCCAACUCUGGGUGUCGGAGACCAAGAGGCCUGAGCCAUUGUCCGAUGACUUCUUAUUCUCAAUGUCAUCGAGUACAGAAAACAGAUUGUCCUACGCAUCUAGUCCAGAAAGUGAUUUGGAAGUCAGCCCUCCGCCUGCGCCAAGAUUGGUGAAAUCAUCAUCCGACCCGUCGAUAGCAACAACCCAGGAUAAUAUGGACAGAGAUGACGAUAUGAACCACAUGGCUGACGCAGUGCCACCUCCAUACACGCAAGGCGGGUACGGCGAUAGCAAAUACGGUUUCUCAGCCACCACUAACGGGCACAAACCUCACAUGAACGAUGCACAAUACAACACCAUGACGCCCCCACAAUCUCCAUUGUACGGGACUGUGCCUGAGUUACCGCCGAGAACUGUUGGCAGACCAGCUGGCGGUGUUCUGCUGCCAGCUCCACCUCCUGGAAGACCACCGCAUGCUCUCAGGCAUAAUCCAGCUACACCUAACCGUCCAAGUGCUCAGGAGCGUCUCUUCGGCCCUCCCAAAGAAGCGGGUAGCGACGAAGCGCCAACCUACACCGCUAGGCCGACUAGCAUGAUAAUUCAGCCCACGCAACAGAACUCUUUGGAUAGACAUCGACAUCAGGGCAAUCCGCAAAGUUCUUACGAUGGCACCACGACGUACGACUAUAAUGGAGCUAACAACGGUUCAGGGGUAGGCAGACUCCCGCCGAACGCGCCGGACGAUCUCAAAGUUGCUCCCACUGUCAAAAUGGACCCGCCCCCGCCUCCGAACCAGAACCAAAUAGCAGCCCAGCAGAGUCCACAGAGGAAUUCCAACUCACACGAACACAAUUCCUUGGAUUACAGAAACCCAGAUAGUAAUUAUAGCCACAGGACUCCAGACUACAGAAGCCCGCAGUGCAGCCGUCCCCCGCCGAUGAACGGCAGCAGCCCGCACCAACAGCCGAUGCAUGCCAGGGGACCGUCCUUACCCAGUGUGCCCACUAAUGACCAUGCUAAAUACAGCGGCCGUACAAAUUCAGCUUCGCAAGCGGACUAUAGCGGGCGUACCGGAGCGGCGGUGCCUCCGUACAAACCCGUCCCCCCGCCCAAACCCAAACAUUAUCGCCCUCCAGACAACGUCAACCAUCCGAGAAAUGGGAACAUGGAGCCGCCCCCAGGAGUGGGCCGCGGCUUCCCCCCACAGUACUCCCACCAGCAUUCUCUGUCGCAGCCAUCUCACAGGCCCCACAACCAACAUAACAAUUAUCAACAGCAAAACAUGUACGGUGGUCAUAUGCCUCCGCAGUCGCCGCCGUACUCCGGCCCGCCUUCCCACCACCGCGCCAUAAACCUACCCCACAACCCGCAUCUCAUUGAUUUGGCCGGCAGUAGAGAACAACGCGGGUCAGCAUUCGAACUAUACAGGAAACCUCAACACAUGCAUAACCUAAGCUCAUCUGAAGUCAUGAACUCGAGCUUGGAGCGCGAUGAAACAUUCUCGCCAAAAACAAAAAAGAAAUUAUCGAAAAAGCCGUCUUUCAUUAAAAACGCAGUUCUCGAUCUGUUCCGUUCGAAAACGAAAACAUCGCAGAAAGUGUCUCGUCAGAAGUCACUUUGCGAGAGCGACUUGCAACAGAGACCACCAAUGCAACAAAUGCCGAUGUUGAGACGAGAGAAAUCAGACCUCAGUGAUAUGAGCAUUCAUAUGAGGAACCAACAAAUAAGGAACCAAAUGUUGCAACGAAGCAACUCAUCCUGUGAGCAAUCAGUUCUCAAACCGAUAUUAAAAAGACAGAGCUCUUUCAGUGACGACCGAAGUGGCUCUAAUUGUACGGUACGAGAUUAUGACGCUAAACCCGUCGUAAAAAAUUUGAGACGUCAGAAUUCGAUGUGCGAUUUUGAAACAGAACCGAAAGUUACCCCGUUGUUACGUAGGCAGAACUCUCUUAUAGAGUAUAAUAGAAGAGGCAUUUAUGGACAAACGUCUAACUUUAACAUGAUUACCAAAAUAGAUCCAAUCUACCAAAGACAGCAGCAAAGACAUGAACCAUUCCACCCUACCCAACCCCUACCUCCAGAACCAGUAUACCAAAGUAAAGAACAUAUUGUUUAUGAUCCAAUCCCAAAGCCGAGAAGAACAUAUACCUCCUCUCUUUAUAAUACCUCUAGCGAAAAUCCCUAUGCUAGUAGAUCAGAAGUUUCUAAUCAUAGUUACGAAAAUCCAUACGGUAACCAUGAAACUGUAGCUAUGCCACUUUUAGAUCCACCUUAUGCUUCAAGAGCUGAAUGCAUUAGAGAUAAUCCAUAUGCUACCAGAUCAGAAGUUCAAGCAGAAAAUCCGUAUGCUUCUAGGCAAGAAGUCCUCAAACAUUCUGCUUCACUUUACAGUGAAUCGCCAUAUUCCAGUAAAGAACAGAUGGCAAGACACAGAAACGUGUCAGAGAGUCCAUAUUCGACAAAAGAGGAAAUGCUAAGACAGCGAUUUUCAGAAUCACCAUAUAAUACGAAAGAGGAAAUGUUAAAACAAAGAAUGGAUGGAUCUUUUAUUGGAAAAGAGCCUAUUUAUGGCAAAAGAACAUAUGAUCCACCACCAAGUACGUUGUGGACUGAAAAUCCGUAUGCAAUUAGGCCGGAUAGAAGACUUCAAACACCGGUGAAUUAUCCUGGCAGAGUUUCUCCAAUGAGUAAAUGUAUGAGUGAACCUCCUUAUGCCACCAGAACAGAAAUGAUGGCAAGGUUGGGGCAAUCUGAGUCUCCGUAUGCUACACGAUCUGAAGUAAAGUCUAAUUGUUCUGAUACACGUUAUGGUAUUUCUCAUGAAAUGCCUGACUUAAGAAACGAUGUACGUCCUGCAUCCGCAGAAUGUACCUAUGUAUCAAAACAAGAAAUACUUUCACAAAAAGCAGCUCUGAUUGCCAGUAAAGAGUCUAGUUACGGUAUAAGAUUAGAAGAAAAGUUGGAAAUAAUUAAACAAAGAAAUCAGGCAAAAAAGGAAAUGAUAUAUCAAUCAAGGAAAGAAGCAAAUGAAAGCGAUUCUGCUAAAAUAAGAGAACCUUUAUAUGUUUCCAAAAGAGAAUUGAAAGAGAGUGUUAUUUACGAAUCUCAUCAGGAAACAAAGGAAGGUGUUCCAUUGACUAACGAAGAUGGUAGUGCUAGAAGCAGUCCAUAUGAAUUGAGCGACGCUAACCACUUAUCUCGUAGAGAACCAGUUUAUCAAACGAAAUCGGAAGCUCAAAGUUCCCCAGAAAAUGAAACAUUCCAAGAGAUAGACUUCUCAAAACUUAGACUGACAGAAUCACAGACAGACGCUGAAAAACAAAAAUCUCUUAAUCUUGAAGCAAGUAUUUUGAAAGGUGAACCUGUUUAUGCACCAAGGUUGCAUGGCAAAGCAGAUCAUAUCUCUAAUGCUCUCAAAGUAACAUCGUCCCCUGUUCCUUAUGAAUCAACCACUUCUAUGGAAACUCAUUACGCAUCCGAGUGUAGUAUGAAUUUCGAAAAUAAGCCACAAAGCACACCUUACACGUCCCAAGAUUUGCAAGACAAAACAGCAAAACCAAGUCGAUCUGUAACAUUUUGCGAGAAAAUAAUAGAAAAGAGUCCUGAAUCAAGCCAGGAUAAUUCUGAAAAUAUGUCUGCCAGUCAGAAUGAAACAACGGUCAUUAGUAACCAGAAUACCGUUAUUCAAACAACUACCUCUGAUGGAGAUGAAUCUGUGAAUAAAACUGAUGAAGUUGCACCUGAUUCACCUCAUACCACAUGGGGCAUUUUUGAUAGCGAGGGUGGUGUGCUAGAGGAUAGACAAUGGGGAGUUUCUCUAAUAAUUCCUCCAAAAGCAAUCGCACCAGGAAUCAAGCAGAAAAUAUAUUUUACCGUGUCAGACCCGAGGUUGAGCCAACAAGUGGGGGGACCACCAAUCGAUAUGGACAACGGUGAAGCGAUGCUGUCCCCACUAGUGAUGUGCGGUCCCCAAGGUCUGGUGUUCCUAAGGCCCGUGACCCUGAGACUGCCACACUGCGCCAACGCCGUCCCCUCCCUAGGCCUAACCAUCAAGGCCACGGACACUGAAGCACAUCUCAGCACUGAUUGGGACCAGAUACACCUACCUACAACCACUACUCUGAAUACUGUUGCUGUUAAAGUCGAUCAUUUUUAAACUGAUUCUGAAAAGGUUUUUUUCUUCGAUUGUUAGGUGAUAAAUUUAUUAUUAUAAUUAUACAUUUGUUAUAUUAAAACAUCGGAAAAUAGAGGUAUAAAUUAUGACUCAUCCGUUAGUUUCUGGUGCAAAGGUGCCCAGAAAACUUGCUGCAUUACCACGCUGGAGAGCUAUGACCAUUCUUUGCACCAAAAAAUUCUGGGAGAUUUGAUGAUAAAUUGUUCUAAAUUCGGUAAUCGUU